GAAACUACGAGUGGUUUGGACGAUAAGCUCUUUAAUCGCCGCUUCUGCCAGACAUUAUUUACUGCAGCCGAUAAUUGCAGAACACGUAACCCUAGAUAAUUUGACAUUGACCGACACGGAUGGGCAGGGAGUUCUCUGUAUGAAUAGGGACCAACUGGAGGAGCUAAGAGUGAAACCCCUCUCUGCUUCGUCGGCAUCAAAGAGGACUAUGGUGCCUGCUCUGAAUAUGCGUUUAUGGUUCGCCCCAAUUUUGGUGUUGCCUGAUGGGACUGUUCUGAAAGGUGCGACCUUGGUGGCUAUUAGGCCAAGUGAACAACAAAAGAAAGACGUGGUUAGUUCAGAUGGGAAUUGGGUAGCUUCUGCUUUUGAUGAACCUUAUGGAACCGCUGCUAGGAUGUUGGUGAAGGGGAGAACCUACUGUCUGGAAAUGAACUCCUUCUGAUCUCAUAUUCUAACCAAAUCAAGAACUUGUUCCAUGGAUCUCUGAGCUGUAGCCAUUAAUAGAGACACGUGCCUACGUUGAGUUCUUGAUGUAAAUUUUCUGUUCUUUCAGAAAGAUUGCUGCUUUUAAUGAAAGUGGAUUUGAAGCCUCUUUGAAGCAUGAAGAAAAGUACAAUUUUUGUUUUGAGGCUGUAGCAGAGUUAAUGGAUCCCCCUUCACAGAUGAAUUGUGACAGAGAAGUGAAUUGCUGCUGUGAUAAAAUGCCUACUGGAACCUGAUAAUGGCUAUUCUAUAUGUGUUGUUAUGCACCAUAUAAAAAUGGAUAAUAAGCAUAUGCUUUGCGCUUAUUCUAUGUAUAUGCUUUAUGCACUGAGAAAAUGGUUAGUGGUUUUGUUGUCGUUGUGUAAGAGAUGUGUUCCUAUGGCAUUGCCAUGAUUUACAUUUAUUAGUAUCCUCUGUGAAUAUUAUAUGUUAUGGAUGAUAUGCUGUGUUUAUCGGUUUAUAUGCUCUCACCUACUAUC